AUGGCCAAUUACAGUAGUCGCUAUAUCGCAAACUUCGCCACAAUAACAGCACGUUACUUCACAUUAGUCACUGACCACAAGCCUCUUGAGGUCAUAUACGGCAACAGAAACGCAAAAGCAUCUGCCCGUGUUGAGCGCUGGGUUCUGAGACUGCAACCUUAUUCAUUCAAAGUUAUUUAUAGACCAGGACGAACGAAUCCUGAUGAUUAUCUCUCUAGGCACCCAGUAGAAACAAGCUUCGAACAGCAACGCAUGACCGAAGAAUAUGUUAACUUUAUUGCACUCAACAGCGUUCCGAAGACCAUGACAAUUGAAGAAAUUGUAAAAGCGACGGAUGAAGACCAAGUCUUAAAAGGUGUUCGAGCAGCAAUCAAACUAAAUAAGUGGGACUACAACAUUGUUAAACAGUUCAAGCAAGUCAAAGACGAGCUGUCCGUUACAAUGAAAGGAGUUAUACUCGGUGAUCAAUUAGUGAAAGACACCGUAGCGAAAUGCAUUCCUUGUCAAGCAGUAGGAAAGCCAAAACCACCAGAACCUCUGUCUAUGACGAGCAUGCCAAAGGGACAUUGGGAAGUUAUUCAUGCCGAUUUCUACAGUCCGUUACCAUCUGGAGAAUAUCUUCUAGUAGUGAUCGAUUGGCACUCCAGGUAUCCAGAAGUGGAAAUCGUGUCGUCAACUAAAGCUUCAACGGUUAUACCUAAGUUUGACAAAAUGUUCGCAAGGCAUGGCAUACAAGAUACGUUAAAAACGGACAAUGGCCCUCCUUUUCACAGAGAGGAAUAUCGACGAUAUAUUCGAGCGUUGGGAAUUAAAGUAUUAUAUUCCACACCACAUUGGCCGCAAGGUAAUAGCGAAGCCAAACGAUUCAUGCAGCCCUUAGGCAAAGCUUUAAGAACUGCUAAAGCUGAAGGAAGACCGUGGAGACAAGAGCUAAACAGGUUUCUACUUCAAUACAGAACAACGCCACAUUCGACUACCAAAGUACCACCGUCGGAGUUAAUAUUCAAUCGUGUGGUAAAAGGCAAACUUCCAAUGAUCAGUAAACGAAACAUUGUGGAGAGACACAAACAAGCAUGA